AUGGCGCUGCUCCGGGGGCUCCUGGUGCUCAGCUUGUCCUGCCUGCAUGGCCCUUGCUUCGCGUUCUCUCCCGUGAGUGCCACGGAGCCCUCGGGCCAGCAGCUAAUCAGCGGGCCGACCCAGGAGAAGCUACCCCCGCUUGCCCUCCUCAAGUUGGGCAACCAGGAGCCUGAUGGCCAGACUGCCUUGAAGAGGGCCCCAGGAGACUGCAAGGGGGCCCCAACCCCAGAGCAGAUCCGCAGGCUGGCCCAGGCCAUGAUGGCCUUCUCCACUGACCUGUUCUCCCUGGUGGCCCAAACAACCACCAGCCCCAACCUCAUCCUGUCGCCCCUGAGUGUGGCCCUGGCACUGUCUCACCUGGCGCUAGGUGCUCAGAACCAAACGCUGCAGAAUUUGCAACAGGUGCUACAUGCAGACUCAGAGCCCUGCCUCCCCCAUCUGCUCAGCCACCUCUGCCAGAACCUGGGCCCUGGGGCAUUCCGAUUGGCUGCCAGAAUGUACCUGCAGAAAGGACUUCCCAUCAAAGAGGAUUUCCUGGAACAAUCAGAACAGCUUUUUGGUGCAAAGCCCAUGAACCUGACGGGCAGGCAGGAGGAUGACUUGGCGAACAUCAACCAAUGGGUGAAGGAGGCCACAGAGGGGAAGAUUGAAGAUUUCCUCUCGGAGCUGCCAGAUAACACGGUGUUGCUUCUCCUCAAUGCCAUCCACUUCCAGGGUUUCUGGAAGAGCAAGUUUGACCCAAGCCUCACCCAGAGAGACUCCUUCCACCUGGAUGAGCAGUUCACGGUGCCAGUGGACAUGAUGCAAGCCACGUACCCUCUGCGCUGGUUCUUGCUGCAGCAGCCUGAGAUCCAGGUGGCAUAUUUCCCCUUUAAGAACAACAUGAGCUUUGUGGUCAUUGUGCCCACCCACUUUGAGUGGAAUGUGUCCCAGGUACUGACCAACCUGAGCUGGGACACCCUGCACCAGCCCUUGCUGCGGGAGAAGCCCACCAAGGUCUGGCUGCCUAAGCUGCAUCUGAAACACCAGCUGGACCUGCUGAGCACCCUCAGCCAGCUGGGCCUGCAGGAGCUGUUCCAGGACCCAGACCUGCGUGGGAUCUCUGACCAGAAGCUGGUGGUGUCCAGCGUGCAGCAUCAGUCCACAUUGGAGCUCAGUGAAGCUGGUGUGGAGGCAGCUGCAGCAACCGGCAUAGCCAUGUCUCGCAUGUCCCUCUCCUCCUUCAGCGUGAACCGCCCAUUCCUCUUCUUGAUCCUCGAGGACACCACUGGCCUGCCUCUCUUUGUGGGCAGCGUGAGGAACCCCAACCCUAGUGCACAGCGGGAGCUCAAGGAGCAGCAGGAUUCUCCUGACAACAGGGACUUCUCCCAGAACCAGAAAGCCGUCCCCCGUGGAGACAAGCUUUUUGGCCCUGACUUGAAACUUGAGCCCCCCUUGGAGGAGGAUUAUCCCCAGUUUAACAGCCCCAAGUGAGGGGUCAUGACCACCAGCAUCCUGAGUCCUUGCCUGGACCAGCCUCUCAACUCAAGUGACUCUUUCCAACCUGCUUUGUGGGAUGGGGGACAGGGGCCUGGGUGGGCAGUCUGGGAGAGGAGAGGAGCCAUUCUCUCCCAUCUCCUCUUGAGCAGUUUGGGGUGGGCUGGGGCUGGGAGGAGGGCAGGAUCAGGGAAUCGUGGGCCUGAUCCCUCAUCGUUUCUUUCAAAGGGGCUCAGAGGGUGUCCUAUUCUGGGGCUUGUGCAGUAGGGCAGCUGUGGAUCCAGUUUACCAGGAGAUAGGUUAGGUUAUUCCCUGAGUCAUCUGGGGCACCUCCACUUUUUUUUGUUUACCAGAAGGGGAGAGACAGGAAGGAGAGGCUGCCUUUGGACAUGUCCCAGGACACCCUGGUGGGAAGAGGAGAGAUAGGCCCUGGUGGUGACUCAGGAGGCAGAGCGUUGUCCUGGGGUCAGACACCAUGGGCUUGUCUCAGCCUCUCUCGGGCCUCAUGUCCUGCUCUGUAGGUGAACACUGAAUAUCAACAUAACCUGACUCUGAUGUAACUUGCUGAAGACCUCCCAGCCUCCAGCCCACGCCAACACUCUGUCUCCCCAGUCUCCCCAUGCUCCUUGGAAAUGCCAGGAUUCCCCUUCCUUCCUCUCUCCAAGCUUGAGGCAGGGAAGGGCCCCAUUAGCUCUUUAAGGCUCUUUUGUAAAGUUUUUGUAGUGAUUGUUAUGCCACCUGAAUAAAGAAUGAAUGGGCCCAG